AUGUUACCACCAUCUCUUACGCCGACAACGAACGUCGCAUACUACAGUGUACAUCGUGGGCCAGUGUUUGGAUCAGAUGGCGAGUUUCACCAUUUCAUGAGGCAGUGUGAUCCGAUUCAUACAAGGAAUGGAUACUGGAGAUUCUCAACGUACGAUGAUGAUCGGCGUGCCUAUAAGUGUGGACUGAGUACGCCCGAGGCCGUUCUGAUUGCACAAGAUAUUCGCGAUGGCGUAUAUGACGACAUAAUACUGCGCUGGGUGCCAGGGGAGCUUGAUGUGUGCAACAAGCCUUCGGUGGGCACGGCAGCAGCGCACUUGGAAACCAUCUACAAUGAGAGGAGGAUAUUGGGGAAGCCGCUAUCUUUUCGAGGUCGAGUUCCAUUGUACCCCAUCAGCACUGAUCAGAGGCUCAUCAAUUACCGACUCACGAGAUAUGGCAUUCAGAAAGGCGUGUCACCAGAUAAAACUCUCACGUCGCCGAACCACACAGCACCGACUACCUCUACGCCUGUUACAAACGCUAGAAGUUCUCCAAAUCGAGUUCCUGCAACAGUCUCGACAACUGCAUCGUCGCUCUCGUCGCCGCAGGCCAAGAGCAGGCUUGUCUCGCCUAUCCGAUCAGCGCCGACAUCAGUAGCUGUACCGCGCAACAUCACGCCAAUCCGAUCGAACCCACUCGUUCCAAUUAUGCACUACACGACAACAGGAGUCCACCUUGGAUCUACUGAAGAUCUCCAGGCUUCACAGCUCACCCAGCACGACCACCGCAAAGCUUCACCGAUAAGUCCCAGAUUACAUGGGCGUAUGCCACCGAAUAGCACGAGUACCUCCGGGAUUACUCAUGGAUCCUUUCCGUCGCCUGCUGCGAAACCUGGAGGGGUAAAAAAGCAUAACCUGUCGGAUGAUAACGAAAAUGCAUGUUACAUGCACGGCAGCAAUGGAAUCGUAGAUGAUUCGAUUGGUGAUAUCUCAGUCCUGUUGUGCACGAAUUUGACGCCCUCAGAAUUGUUCGAGAUUCAAAGCGCAACACUGCCAUGCAUGGACUGCGGAUUGGUUGUAAUUCAUGCGUCUCAUUGCUGGAUCAAUGAGGCCGCCUUGAUUCUGAAGCCCACCGAGGAGUUGACUGCCUUCAGGCUGCGCGAACUUGUCGAGAACGUCGAACGUUUCGAUCCUGGACCUUGGACUACGCAUGUUGGUCUUCCGCAACAGCUAGUAGAGGAUGAUUCCAAGACUCAGGUCCAAGGUAUGACAAAGAUCAUACGCAACCUUGAUGCAACGACGAAAGAUCCGGAGCUACAAGUGUUUGACGAUCAGUUUACGGUUUUGCUUCGGGCACUUAAGUCACCCGGCAAUGUUCAAAUCAUUAAAGGGGCACACUCCGUCUCUGGCAUUGGAUUAGACGACUAUGAAAUGCCAGAUGCAUGGUAGUCCAGCGAACGGCAGGUGCGUAGGUUGCAU